AUGACCGCACCAGCGUCCAGUGCAUCCGAGCCCCUGCCUCUGGCUACCGACGCCAGCAUGGCUGCUGCGCAAGUCUCCUGUUGGGGUUACGACCCCGAAGGCAUGCAAUGGACAACGGUUCCCCAAGCGGCACCUGGAGACCCAGUUCCGGCAAGUUUUCGCAGCGCCGCGUUGAACGCUGCGGUGCUGCGCCGAGCGCAGGGCCGCGUCGCUACCGACGCCGGCGAUCUCGUGGGAAACCAGCAGCCACCCGCUUCUCAUGCAGCGGGACGCAAGGGGCGACUACUUACGCAGUGGAAACCGCCUGUUAUCCCCAAACCUGCUCCAGACGACUACGUAGUCGUCAUCAAGCCUCGCACCCGCGUCUCGUUGUGCGAGACGUUCCAGGAGACCGGCUACGGCCGGGCCUUCACGGCACUCCUAGGCCCGCAACACGCAUCAGACCUUACCAUAAUACCGGUAAGAGAACAAAAUCUGAUUAUCGUUCAUACCGCUAAACCCGAGCUAGCCGACCGUAUUCUCGGGGAAUUUGAACUCAAUGCACCCAGCGGGCGUGUCCCCCUUGUGGGACACCUACGCCAAGAUGGAAAGGAUGUCUGCUACGGCGUCGUUACCGUCCGCAAUACUGACACUACGGACUCGCUUCGUACUAGCCUUCAAUGGCGCCAUGGCACCACAGUGGAAGUGCGUAAAUUUGGGAACUCCAACAAAGCAAGGCUCACUUUCGCCGGAACUGAGAAGCCACGUUUCGUACAUUACGACUCGGAGCUUGUGCAAGUUAGGCCUUACCAGCGAACCAUUCCGGCCUGCGGACAUUGUGGUGUGGUCGGCCACCGUCCGGACGCCUGCCCCGGCCAAAGGCCGGACCGGUGUGGCCUGUGUGGACAGCAGGCUCCGCUUGCUGAGGGUGUGCGGGCCCCUCACGAGUGCAACCCAAAGUGCGCAGUCUGCGGUGGAGCCCAUGCCACUGGGGUACGUGCGUGUACAGCUAAAUAUCGUGAUGCCCAGCACGCCCAUCCAAAACGCGGGCCUAAAUCCAAGCCGAGGAGGCGCAGGCGUGGCAAGCGUCAUCCGAGCAAGCCUAAGGACAAGGUCGUUGACCCUACAACGACAAAGUGUGUGACCCCACCCACCGGAAAUCAAGGGAAACCUCCGCCGCCAGCUCGAGAUGGUGCAGCGAAGCAAUCUGGACCCCCCCAAACCGGCGGCCCGAAGACGUAG